AUGUCAGAGUCCCGACCUGCCGUAAGGCGAUCUGCUUCGGCUCCGACGGUUCCGUCGAUCGUCCUUCCUGUCCUCUCGUCGAUCUUCCUUCCGAUCCCUCCCUCCGACCCUCCUUCCGACCCUCUCUCCGAUCGUCCCUUCGAUCCUUGCGAGCCAAUGAGGAACGAGGAGGAGGAGACCGGGAGCGAGACCGCGAUUUUGAUCGGGACAGAGGGGGAGAGACACGGGAGGAAGGACACAGGUGGAGAGACAGAGGCUCCGUUUACCCCCCAAUAUAUUCUCCUUUGCCUCACCUGCUUCCCCCCAUCCCCUUCCCUGCUUCCCCCCAUCCCCAUCCCUGCUUCCCCCCAUCCCCUUCCCUACUUCUCCCCAUCCCCUUCCCUGCUUCCCCCCAUCCCCAUCCCUGCUUCCCCCCAUCCCCUUCCCUGCUUCUCCCCAUCCCCUUCCCUGCUUCCCCCCAUCCCCUGCUUCUCCCCAUCCCCUUCCCUGCUUCCCCCCAUCCCCUUCCCUGCUUCCCCCCAUCCCGCUCCCUGCUUCUCCCCAUCCCCUUCCCUGCUUCCCCCCAUCCCCUUCCCUGCUCCCCCCCAUCCCCUUCCCUGCUUCCCCCCAUCCCGCUCCCUGCUUCCCCCCAUCCCGCUCCCUGCUUCCCCCCAUCCCGCUCCCUGCUUCCCCCCAUCCCCUUCCCUGCUUCCCCCCAUCCCCUUCCCUUCUCUACACGGUGCAUAG